CAAGGAGACAUGUGAAAAAAUGGCAGUGUGCGUGUUGCUGAAAAGGAAAAUAAAUCGCUGCAUUCACCGGCUGUGUCUGUUUAACAUCGCUUUUUUUGUUUGGAUAUUUGUCAUCUUCUCAUUGCUUUCGCUUAUGGUGACGUAUAUCAGCUUUAUCCUGUAUUUGGAUGACAACGAAAGAGUGGGAGAUAGGGAGCUUGACUUAGACUUCCCAGUUGCCGAUGGGGUUGACGACGUUCUGCUUCUUCAGGAGGGCAUCCUUCGAGGGGAGGAGUUUCAUGGCCGCCCUUUCAAUAAUCUCAUCUCUUCCCACAUUAUUGACUCGUCGACGGUCGAGCUGGCUGGUUGGUGGAUGCCCCAGGUUCGGUGGAACCCAGAGAUCGACUGCAGCCUGCCUGACCAGCCAGGAACCUGCGGGAAGGUUCUGAGCGUGAAAUGCAAACCGGACAGCAUCAGAGCCGUAUAUCAGUUUUUACCUAUUAAUCCAGAAAAAAGUAUAGAUGGUAUUUAUUUUCAUGCAAAAAGUGCAGCAUCAAAGCUGACAAAAGACAAACAAGUGGCUGUUGAUGCCACGUACAGUGCAAUAGCUUUGCUUAGGUAUAAAGAUGGUACAUCAGACAGAAUAAGGCUGGAUUUCCCGGCAGGAACGCAUCCUUAUAUAGCAACUGAAAUGGACAAGUUAUUUCCCGCUGACAAAGUGUUACAGAGUGUCACCGUCAUGCUGUGUUGCCAUGGCUACCAGGGUUCCGUAAAAUUUAUGGAUGUCACAGUGCGUCCAAUUUCAGAUGACCAUUCUCAAGUCAUGGUCACCAAAGACUAUGUCCAGAAAUGCCCUGAUUACUUCAGGUCAGUCAAGACCAGCUCGGAACUUGAUUUUGAUGUGGAGCAGUUCCUAACGGAUGGGAAAAAGGGUGACAAGGAGUCCCAACCUGUCACCCUGGUCACCCAGGUAUCACUGGACAGGAUUGACCUGCUAGAAUCUACCCUGGAGCAUUGGCAGGGACCUGUGUCGGUGGCGCUCUACGUUCCAACGAAGGCUUCCAAGAGCGAAAACGAUGACCACGGAUGGAAGAGGCAGUACAUUAAGAAGAAACUUCGUAAUAGCCAUCUACCGGGGCGAUGCAAUAUGGUCGUCGUCUAUGCAAAAACAUCAGAGGACGAGUAUCCAGUCAACUAUUUAAGGAAUUUGGCCAUCAGACAAGCCAAGACCAAGUACAUUUUCCUCCUGGAUGCCGACUUUGUCCCGUCUCCAGACUUUCAAGCCACCUUCCUGUCCUCCCUGGCUAUGGUGGAAAGAACCCCACAGUUUAACAAAACUGCCUUUGUGGUGCCUGUCUUUGAGUACACACAAGAAUUCAUCAAGGAUUUUCCCAUCGACCAACCCAAGACCAAGCAGGAAUUGAAAGACAAGAUGUUUGGUGACGGGGCCAUCAUCUUCCCCUUCAUGAUUUCAACAGCUCCCGAGGCCCACAGGCCCACAGACUAUAGGAGCUGGUACUCGGCAACACUGCCUUACAAAGUGACUACAUACCAGGAUAAGUAUGAACCCUACCUCAUUCUGAGAAAUGCAGAAACGCUUCCAACUUUUGAUGAACGCUUCAUGGGCUAUGGGAUGAACAAAGCAACAUACGCAAUGGAACUUUACGCCAGCGGCUACGAGUACGUAGUGCUGCCCAACAUGUGGGCCAUCCACGUCCCCCACCGUGAGAGUUCUGCCAAGGUCCAGUUCCUCUUGGACCCUCUCUACCGGCUCAGCAACCGGGCCGACCGGUUUGAGUUUGUGUCGGACCUCAUGAGGAGGCAUGGCUUGGGUGGCUGCAAGGCCGACAGGGAAUGACACACAGGAAGUCGGCGAGUCUCCUUCAGGAGAUUGGAUACUCUGCAUUUGAGACUGUGCAAUGGACUCCCUGCUCUCUGUGGGCUGACAUAUCAACUUUGAAUGGUCACCGCUGGAGACCUAGAACCAGUAUGUCAUCUCAAUGUGUUACCGCAUCAAGACUUAUUUUGUCAGACCAAAGUCAUUAUUUCCAAGGAUAGAUUUGCACCAGGGAGAUGUUAAUUAAUUUGGAUUUUUGCCUUGCCCAACAUGUAUUAUAACACUGUAUACUCGGUGUUUGCCCCU